GCGCGCGGGUGGCGAGGGAAGAGGCCCGGUCUCGUGAUACCAUGAAACAGAGUAUGGCUGGGAGGAUUAAUCGAUUGAUUAUGAAGGAGCCAAGGCUCAAGUACAUAUAGGCAAGGAUAACCCUAAGAAUAGAAAGGAGCUAAUCUAGGAGAUACUUGCCAAACAUAACCAACUAACCAAAACCAGGGAGAUAGGCAACAGCUGAUCCCUCCGGGCCCAAGAGCCCAUACAUCACGCUAACAGUGGCUGUAGCCGCCACUGUUGGGUGUCCAUGUCCUGGAGCGUACCUUGUCGCUUACCUGGGCUGCUGCUCAGACAGGAUCUUCAGCUGGAUCAGCAAGAGUAGACGAGGACAUGAUUGUUCUCGGGGAAGCUAGCUCUCAACAGGUAGCCCGUAAGCUAUUGGAAUUUUUUUUUCCAAUUUCUUGUCAACUUGGCAGCCAUCGUUGUCAAUUUGGGGUCUUGUUGGCGUCCAUCUCUGCCCAAGCUGUUGGGAGCAAAGGUCUGCCAUGGCAGCGCCCCUUUCUUAAUAUAAUCUGACCUGAGGAAAGAGCUAGACGAGACGCUGCCUAGUGGUCGAUUAUUGCCUGGCAGUCUUGCAGAUUGCAGAUGUAGUUACAUCUACGCUUCAUCGUCACAUGUUCUUUGCCCAUGAACCUCCAUGGCCCUUUAAUUUGUUUUCUCGCCAAGGAUCUGAAAUUCGCUCAACGGAUUGUAAAUUUGAAAGUGGUUUCAGAACAAGGAUCCGGAGGAUAUCCCAGAAGCUGAAAAGCUUCUCUCAUCUCUCUUUCCUAGGAAAGCCAUACCUACCUUUUUCUGUUUCUUUCCCAGCCAUCUGUUUCACCUAAAGCUGAAGAGUUCCUAGGCAUCUGCUGUUCUACAGCGAAAGCCGUGCACUGUGGAGUUCCUGGCUGGCGCCGCUGCUGUGCCACCCAGCAGCAGCUGACUCGUGAACAAGACUUGUACGGCGUGGUGUGAGGUGGUUGUAUCAUGCAUGCCAAGAUGCCCUGCUUUGCUUUGGCUAUCAAAGAUGUUCACACAUGAGCAAGGAUACGUGUAUGGUAAGGAAGCCUGGAUGAGCCAUGAGCCAUUACCCUUAAUCUCCUCCCUCUCGUUGCCUUGCCUUGUCCGCUCAUAUUAUUUCUCUCGUCGAGCUUCAACUUAGGCUAGAUAGAGAUGCCGGCAACGGCUCAUAAUCCGCCAAAACAAGUACUCAUCAUAUAUGUUGUGACCGCUUGUCUAAUCCCCCAAUCAAUUGAGCACUAUGUCGUACCCGGCAUCACUGUUCAGUCAUUUAGCCUAUUUACAUACUGUUUGAAUGCUACACAUUGGUACAGAAUUUCUGAUUAAUCGGUUGUUUUGAUUGUUUAAACAAUUGUUUUUCUUGUUUAAACAUUCAGUUGAUCAACUGUUUACCAUUUAACGUUCAGGAUAACACAACCAGGAUAACAUUGCCGACGCCUAUCUACAUGCUGCGUCGUGGUAGAUGUUACCAAACCAGCUUGGAUCGCACACGUGUCUCGCAUCAUCCCAAUGUCCAUAUCUAUCCUCUCCUUGGACAUCCUCACGUCAUCAGUGUUCAUAUCUAUCCUCUCGUUGGACAUCCUCAAACUCUUUCUAAAGUUUAACAAAGACAUAAACGUCGAAGCUAUAACAUGAGAAAUAUACAAGCGAUAUAUACAAGUUGCUAUAACUUGAGAAAUUUUGGUAAAAGGGAAAACAUCGAAGCCAAGAAAAAACAUUUGUAAAGUACUUUAACCCCUUUCCUCCCUAAAGUGAAGACCAUUAUUCAUGUAUAACAAGACCUCACCAAUCACCUGUAAAGGAAGUCGUUUUGAGUUUGUCUUAAGUCAAACAUUUGAAACUUUGACUAUACAUGGAUUCUUUUGGGUUGAGUUUGAAAAUAUAAAAAACGAUGUAAAUAGCUUCAUCUUGAAAUGUAGUUUCAUAAAAGUAUGUAUUGACUAUAUUUUGUAAAUUUUUUGUAGCAAAAAAAAUGGUCAAAAUUAUUUUUGGAGACCGUGUCGAUGUCUGAAACGACUUCUUUUACCAAUACGGAGAGAGUAUACCUGAUGAUCCAUAUGAUGACCGGCCUGGAGCCCUGGACCCCUCUCAUGAAAAACUACGAAAAAAGGCAAGCAGCGAGCAGUAGUUUUCACAGGUUUUGUUGGUUUCUUUACCCGAAGAGAUCGUAGCCCCUUCCUGUUGGGGUUCCCUAUUAUGUGCCGACACCAUGCAGCACGUUGGCACGUGCUCCUUGGUAGCUGCCCCUGACCAAUCACAACUUCACAAGCCUGCUCUCCUUGGCCGGACAUGCUCACAUGAACAUCUGGGGCUCUGGGACGUGACGCGAGAAAGGAGAGAGAGCGAGGCCUGAAAGGUUGCGAAAGACCAGUGUGUGUGUGUGUAGAUAGACUCUGUGUCCUCCCUUUUUCGCUACCGACGACCACCUUUCAAACUUCGCCGUACGUGUCAUGUCUAGCAACAUUCCUACCUGUUGAUAGUUUUUAGUUUACAACUGUGCCACAUAAAGAAAGCUUAUUAUUAUUAUUGUUCACAUCAGAUCACAGGCAUGCAUGGGAUCCACACACACAUAAAGAAUUACAUUUUAAAAUCGCUGGUAACUACUGUUCCAACUCCCAACUAGUGUGAUCUUUCCAUGCUCUACAAUGAUGUGUACUGUACUCAGAAAGCUGAUGAUGGACAAUGAGAGCACGAGCUCGACAGGUUCGAGAAAAGUCGGAAAAUUAGAGCUUGAUGAUGGUAACACAUUUCACCAUAACACACCCAAUUUCUGGAGCUCAACUCACUAGGCUCAACAAGCUUUUUGUAGAAGCUAGCUCUUAUUAUCCCUAUAUUCUGCUUGUCUGCUUUCGUUCAGAUUAACCCGACUUAUUUUAGUGUAUUUUCUCUCACAGAAUACUAUUGAAUCGGUCGAAAAAUCAGAAUACUACUAAAGCAGGAAACUAAAGAAGAACUGAGCUUGAUAAAGGUCGCCAUCUAUUACCUUAUUAGCAACCUAUUAGUGCUCAUAUAUUUGCUAAAGUUUAGUCCACCCUAUUAGCAUUCCUUGUUGGAUGGACUAUUGCUAAAGUUUAGCACUUUCACUCAUUAUCACUUGAACCUAAUAACUCAUUAUUUUUCACAUGUGUUACCAUGCAUCAAAUGUCGUUACCUACGGAUCCGACUAUAUAUACUCUGGUCAUGGCAAGUGUGGAAGAACAUCUCACAUGUGGCGGACCUGCAACUACACAUGAGUGUGGUAUUGAUAACCACCAUGAUCUCUGUGGCAAUGAUCUCGACCUCCUUUUGGGUGAGUAAGCACCAAACUUGCUUGUCGUCUUCCCGGCCCCAAUGGCUAGCUAGCUGCUGACGUGGGCCCGCCCCACCGUGGUUGGACGCCGUUCACCAUUGCAAUAAUGCAACUCCAGAAUUUGGACAUGGUGGGCUUGCCAUUUCUGCCACAAUCCUUAGCCAUCCAUCCCUAUUAUAUACCCCCUUCUUGCUCCGAUCCUUCACACAAAUCUCAUCAGUCGCAGCACUCUCAGUCUCACUACUCACCCAUCCACUGCCACCCCAAGAGCAAAGCUCAGCUCAGCUCAGCUCAGCUCAGCUCGAUCAGCUCGCCGUGGUCUCCAAUGGAGGCGCCUCCGUCGUCUCUAGCGACGGCCAACGGCACCUAUGACGACGACUAUGUGCUCAACCUGUCGCUGACGCUGGGGCCCACCUCGCCGCCGCCCUCCUCUCCUGACCAUGCUGCCGCAGUCCCGGCUUCUGACGGUGGCGGCGGCAGAGGUGGUGUGAGGCUCUUCCCUUGCCUCUUCUGCAACAAGAAGUUCCUCAAGUCGCAGGCUCUAGGGGGGCACCAGAAUGCACACAAGAAGGAGAGGAGCGUUGGGUGGAACGCUCACCUCUACCUCCCCGCGGAGACAUCCACCGCCGCCGCCGUCCCCAGCAUGGUUGCGCCGCCGAUCAACCAAGCAGCUCCUAUGGCGGCGGUGCCGAUCCAGGUCUCGCACUCGUGCCGCUCCUCUCAACGUGCGCACCUCAUCGACGACACGGCGGCGAUGCUCGGAGGAUCUCGCUACGCCGCUGAUGGUGAUGAUGGUGGCAACGGCGGCUUGUCGCGGUGGUGGUACGCGGAGGGCGGCCAGUCGUGUGCGCUCAGCGGGGACGAGAGGCAGAAGCAGAGGCAUGUUGAUCUCAACCUCAAGCUCUAGCUACGUACUACGAGUUAGUUUCCCAUGCUGAAUGCGUGAGGUAUUUAUUAUUUUCUACUUUUGAUUUCUCUUUGUUCCUUUCUUUCUUUCUUUCUUUCUUUCUUUCUUUCUUUUGUUGCCUAACUAGUGUGUAAAGUACGUCCUUCUGUCGAUUGUACAACGGCUUAUUGUAAUGUUCUCAAGCUGUUGUCAAGUUGCAUGAUGCUGCCUCUGUCCUGCUGCCUGCUGGGUAACAGUUUGUUGGGCCAGAGAAGUGUGGAACACUUUGGAACACGUUUAUUUUUUUUUCUUUUGUGCCA